UCCUCCUCCGCUCUUUGUCCGUCUUCCACCACCGAUCCGCCAUCUCCCUCCACCUGCGGUGCGCCCCCUUCUCCGGCAGCAACCAGCCCGCCGUCGACGUCCUCCAGGGGGUCCUCUCCUCGCUCCGUCCGCGGCAUCGGCCAUGGCGUCGCCGGCGCUCAUCUCCGACACCGACCAGUGGAAGGCCCUCCAGGCGCACGUCGGCGCCAUCCACAAGACGCACCUGCGCGACCUCAUGGCCGACGCCGACCGAUGCAAGGCAAUGACAGCGGAGUUCGAGGGCGUCUUCCUCGACUACGCGAGGCAGCAGGCCACCACCGAGACCGUCGACAAGCUCUUCAAGCUGGCAGAGGCCGCAAAGCUCAAGGAGAAGAUCGACAAGAUGUUUAAAGGCGAAAAGAUCAAUAGCACGGAGAACAGAUCGGUGCUCCAUGUGGCUCUCAGGGCUCCGAGGGACGCCGUCAUAAACAGCGACGGUCUGAACGUGGUCCCCGAAGUUUGGGCUGUCAAGGAUAAAAUCAAGCAGUUUUCAGAGACUUUCAGAAGCGGCUCAUGGGUUGGGGCGACUGGGAAGCCGUUGACAAAUGUCGUCUCGGUUGGGAUUGGUGGUAGCUUCCUUGGGCCUCUCUUUGUGCAUACUGCUCUCCAGACCGACCCGGAAGCAGCAGAAUGUGCCAAAGGCCGACAACUGAGAUUUCUUGCAAACGUUGAUCCUGUUGAUGUUGCACGGAGCAUCAAAGAUUUAGAUCCUGCAACCACUCUUGUUGUGGUUGUCUCAAAGACCUUCACGACAGCUGAAACAAUGUUAAAUGCUCGAACUAUCAAGGAGUGGAUUGUCUCUUCUCUUGGACCCGACGCUGUUUCCAAACACAUGAUUGCUGUCAGUACCAAUCUUAAGCUUGUCAAGGAGUUCGGAAUUGACCCUAACAACGCUUUUGCAUUUUGGGACUGGGUUGGCGGCCGCUAUAGUGUUUGCAGUGCUGUCGGUGUUCUGCCCUUAUCUCUUCAGUACGGAUUUCCAAUUGUCCAGAAAUUUUUGGAGGGUGCUUCCAGCAUUGACAACCACUUCCACACAUCUUCGUUUGAGAAAAAUAUACCUGUACUCCUUGGUUUGUUGAGCGUAUGGAAUGUUUCAUUUCUCGGAUAUCCGGCUAGGGCAAUAUUGCCAUACUCUCAAGCACUUGAGAAACUAGCACCACAUAUUCAGCAGCUUAGCAUGGAGAGUAACGGAAAGGGUGUCUCCAUUGAUGGUGUUCGACUUCCAUAUGAGGCUGGUGAAAUUGAUUUUGGUGAACCUGGAACGAACGGGCAACACAGCUUCUAUCAAUUAAUCCAUCAGGGAAGAGUUAUUCCUUGUGAUUUUAUCGGUGUCAUAAAAAGCCAGCAGCCCGUUUACUUGAAAGGGGAAACUGUUAGCAAUCAUGAUGAAUUGAUGUCCAAUUUCUUUGCUCAGCCUGAUGCACUUGCUUAUGGAAAGACUCCUGAACAAUUACACAGCGAGAAAGUUCCCGAAAAUCUUAUCCCUCAUAAGACUUUCCAGGGCAACCGGCCAUCACUGAGUUUCUUGCUGUCUUCGCUAUCCGCGUAUGAGAUUGGACAGCUUUUAUCCAUCUACGAGCACCGGAUCGCAGUUCAGGGUUUCAUAUGGGGAAUCAACUCGUUUGACCAGUGGGGAGUGGAGCUGGGCAAGUCACUGGCUUCUACAGUGAGGAAACAGUUGCAUGCAUCACGCAUGGAAGGAAAGCCCGUCGAGGGUUUCAACCCCAGCAGCGCAAGUUUGCUCACACGGUUUCUUGCGGUUAAACCAUCAACCCCAUAUGACACGACGGUGCUUCCAAAAGUGUAAGCUGAGGUUUAAUCUUUAAAAAAGGAAAUGUAACCCGAGGUUGAGACCGAUAAUCGACAAGCUAGGCUUAGCUUGUGGCAUAACAAGUUCUCUUCCUUCUUUCUCGCGACUUGUUACAACCAGUCUGGUUGUACUGUAAUUUUGAAGUUCCUCUUGCUCCACCUUGGAGAAAGAUAAGUAAACUAUGACGAUAAUGAAAUAAGUACAUGGAGUCGUGACAGCAAAGGUGAAAGCACUGUGGUUAUACUUGUUGAGGAUUAAGGGUUUUCUUUCCUCAA